AUGUCGACAACUACAGCAGUGACCACGCUACCUUCGCCCGCGUGCAAAACCGUCUAUUGUAUCCAAUGCAAUCGCAAGUUUGGCAACACCAAGGACCUGCAAAACCACAUCCAGGACUCUCUCUCGCAUCGUGCCGCCGCAUCAUCACACAAUUGCGAAAUUUGCAAGAAGGCAUUCAAAAGCGAGAAGGCGCUGCAGCAACACACCCGAAGCUUUCCCCGCUCACAUUCGUCUUUGUUCAACUGCCGCAUCUGCGACCGGUCCUUCAACAGCGAAAAGUUUCUGCAGCAGCAUAUUCGUGACUCUCAAGCGCACGCUGCAUCUUUCGACUGCGUUGUCUGUAAUCGAGAAUUCAACAGCAACGAAGCUCUGCAGCAGCACCUUCUCAACUCUGUAACCCACCACCGGCGGCAGCAGCAACCUCGGACCCCGCUCGACCAGUUCUUUCUUUCGUUUAAAACCUUUGAACACGACCCUUCCGAGCCGCCGGCCGCGUCUUUCAACCGCUUACGGAGGCACCAAGGCUGGCGCAGGGGCGAUGCCGAUUCUGAUAACGCCUGGGACAGAUACCAAGCCGCGCUUGAGUGCGAGCUUCGCAUGUGGUACGAUUCGGGAAACUCGCUGGCCGCGUGGCACGCUCUCUGUCGCGCCAUUGGCGUCGACCCACUGCCGCAAACGUGCGAGAUGUGCGAGAGAGUCGUGCGAAGCAUCUAUGUCAAUAUUGUCGAUUUGAUCGAAUGGGCACGGGUGCAGCGUGGGCACGACGUGCAGCCGGUCCAAACUUUUGCAAGCUUGGAGGAUCUGCGAUUUUACACGAUUGAAACAAAGAAGAUAUACCACAAUCGGCUUGAGAAUCUGGAUGAAGACAAUGUCGUCCUGAGGCAUCUGCUCCGGCGCAUUUUCAGAUAG